AAAUACGAUUCGUUUUUCGUUCCGUCUUUCUUCCUCAGACGGAACUCAUCACUACUGGACACUCCGACUCGGUCCUUCAAUUUACUUUAAAAAGCUCGUCACAUUCCUCUUUCUCAUUCGAGCAUUCUCUAAAGCCUUGUCCUGAGCUGCGUUGCUUUCCCUUAGUUCCCUUAUUUCUUGCUGGUUGGGCAUCCCAUUCAGCACUUUCCAUUCAGGAUCUGCUGGUUGCGAGCUUUGCAAUCCUCCUUUUUUUCGUUUUCUUUCGAAUGGAGAGUGGAAGAAUAAGUCAGGUUUUGAAAUUGAAUCUUCUAGUAUUUCUAUUGAUAUUGCUGAAAACAGAAGGCUUCUUUGUACCAAUCACUUAUAUUGAGAAUGCAGUGGCUAAAGGAGCUGUUUGUUUGGAUGGGAGUCCACCAGCUUACCACUUUGACAAGGGUUUUGGAUCAGGGAUUAACAAUUGGCUCAUACACAUUGAGGGAGGAGGAUGGUGUAACAAUGUCACCACGUGCCUUUCCCGAAAGAGCACUCGCUUAGGUUCUUCUAAGCAAAUGGCCAAGCAGGUUGCCUUCUCUGGAAUUCUUAGCAACAAGGAAAACUUUAAUCCAGAUUUCUACAAUUGGAAUAGAAUCAAAGUUAGGUACUGUGAUGGUGCGUCAUUCACCGGUGAUGUGGAAGCUGUGGAUUCAGACACAGAUCUUCACUUCAGAGGAGCAAGAGUUUUCGUUGCUGUCAUUGAGGAUUUGUUGGCUAAAGGAAUGAAAAAUGCUGAAAAUGCUAUCCUCUCUGGCUGUUCAGCUGGAGGAUUGACUUCUAUAUUGCAUUGUGAUGGCUUUCGGGCUCUAGUGCCUGCGGAGGCUAAAGUGAAAUGUUUGUCAGAUGCUGGUUACUUCAUUAACGCAAAGGAUGUCUCAGGAGCACAACACAUUGAACAAUUUUACAGUCAAGUUGUUGAAACACACGGUUCAGCAAAAAAUUUACCUCGAUCCUGCACUACAAGACUCAGCCCAGGACUCUGCUUCUUCCCACAAUAUGUGGCAUCACAAAUCACUACCCCGAUUUUCUUUGUAAAUGCAGCCUACGACUCAUGGCAGAUAAAAAACAUUUUGGCACCGGGUGUCGCUGAUCCCCAUGGCCGUUGGCAUAGCUGCAAACUUGAUAUAAACAACUGCUCAUCCGAUCAACUUGGUAUCAUGCAAGAUUUCAGGUUGGACUUUUUGAAGGCAUUGACCGUUCUGGGGAACACUUCGUCCAAAGGAAUGUUUAUAGACUCCUGCUAUGCCCACUGCCAAACAGAAAUGCAGGAGACGUGGUUCAGAAGUGACUCUCCGGUGCUGCACAACACAACAAUUGCAAAAGCAGUAGGAGACUGGUACUUUGAACGAAGCACAAUGGACUGGGCAUUUGUGCAUAAAACAUGGGAUAAGUGGGCUUCUACUAGCAUUGGUUCUUCUGGUCAACCUUUAAAAGCUGCUUUGCUGAUAAAUUAUGACCCAUAUGGACCUUCACGUCUAUUGUCUACCAUUGCUGAACAAGAGGGAAUUAAAGCCAAUCCCAUUGAAUUGAAUCACUUUGUUGACUACGUUAAACGUAACAAACUCCAGACGGAAAGCUUCAUAAUUGGGCCCAAUCAAUAUUUGGUCACAUCAAUUCAUGAGAGUUGGUUCAGUGCUAGGUGCAUGAACACAUCAAAGCCUGCUGGCGAAGGUGCAGUUGUUAUGCAGACAGCAGCAUAUAUCUUGGUUGCCCUGUAUGAAGGUUCUAUUGGUUCAGCAUCUCGUGCUGUGGCUGCUGCUGAUCAGUUUGUUUGGCAAUUGGGGCGUAAAAAUCUUUAGAAGGGUCCACCUGCAGAUAUGUAGCAUGUACCAAGAGGCUUUUUUAUAAUUAUCGUGCAACCUUUUUAUCUGUCAAGUCAUAAUCGUCCUGAAAAUUAGUGCAACAAGUUAGAUUAGGAUCAUACUCAAAUGUCAUUGUGUGCUCUAUGAAAUUUUUAUUUCUUCAUUUUCCUUGGAAGCUGGAAAACGAGUCCAUUACUGAUGUUACUAGAAUGACGAACUUUCAAUACCUUGCCAUCUUGGCCAUAGUACAUUGUCAAGUGGAUGUA